CGUGUGCGAGCCGAGCCGGGCCGGGACAGCGCGGGCCCGGUCCCGGUGCCCAUCCCGGUACCGAUCCCCAUCCCGGUCCUUGUCCCGAUCCCAUUCCCGAUCCUCAUCCUAAUCCCGAUCCCUGUCCCGAUCCUGGUUUCGGUUCCGGUACCGAUCUCGGUCCCGGUCUCGAUCCCGAUCCCUGUCCUGAUCCUGAUCCCCGUCCUGGUCCUGAUCCCGGUCCCGACCCCUAUCCCGUUCCCCGUCUGGAUCCCGAUCCUGAUCCCUGUCCCAAUCCCGAUCCUGGUUUAGGUUCCGGUACCGAUCCCGAUAUCGAUCCCGGUCACUGUCCUGAACCCGAACCCAAUCCCGAUCCCUGUCCUAAUCCCGAUCCCUGUCUUAAUCCCGAUCCCAAUCCCGGUCCAGAUCCCAAUCCUGCUCCCGGUCCCCAGUCCAAUCCUGAUCCCCAUCCCGGUCCGGAUCCCGGUCCCCAUCCCGGUCCCUGUCCUAAUCCCGAUCCCGGUCCCCAUCCCGGUCCCGGAUCCCGAUCCCAGUUCGGAUCCCGGUCCCGGUCCCGGCGCGAUGUGACCGCUCCCGCACCAUGUCCCGGCAGCGAGACCUGGACAAGCUGCUGUCGGACCUGCGCUCCUUCCUGCUCCUCCUGGACCGCGAGAGCCUCAGCGCUGCUGCUCGGGCCAAGAAGAAAUCGGUGUGGGAGCUGCUGGGGCGGCUGCAGGGCCCGGCAGAGGAUGCCGAGUACAUGAUCAUGCGCUGCCUCUCGCCCUCCCCAGGGCCUCAGCAGGGCCAGGCCAGCCCGGGCUCCGGGAGCGCGGAUGCAGCGGGAGGCAGAGCCCGGCUGGGCCCUCACGGAGAGAACAAGGAGCUGGGUGCCCCUCCAAGACCGCCAAACCCUCCAGCCCUUCCAACCGAUGACUCCUACGAGGACACCGAACCCCCCGGGCACGGCAGCACCGGCGGCGGCGACAGCGACAGCAGCCACUACGAGUCAUACGGAGAGGAGGAAGAGGAGGAGGAGGAGGAGGAAGGGGUGAAGGACCGGGCUCAUUACCUGCGCUCCAGCAGCGAGGCCGAGCCCCCCGGGCGCCCCGAGCCGCAGCUCUGCGGGUUCCUGUGGAGGAAGCGCUGGCUGGGACAGUGGGCAAAGCAGCUCUUCAUCGUCAGGGAGCACGUGCUGCUGUGUUUCAGGUGCGCCGCUGACCUGCAGCCCGUGCUGGAGCUGGACCUGCGCGGCUGCCGCGUCACCGCCAAGGAGCAGCGGGGCAAGAAGAUGCCACACGCCCUGAAGGUGACAGGGACAGCAGGAGAGGUGCUGGUCAUCGGCUUCCAGAGCCGGCAGCAGGCCGAGGACUGGAGGAAGGUGAUCGAGGAGGUGAGCAGCGAUGCCCCGAGCGGGCUGGCGGCCCUCAGUGUCCCCGCGUCACCUUCCUCGAGGCUCAGCAGGCUCGGCAGGGAGGAAGAGGAGGAUGAGAAUCGCUGCCGGCAGAGCCCGGCCCGCAGCCCGCGGCACGGAGAGGACGCCAGAGGAGGGUUCCUGGCCGUGCGGCUGCGGGGCCGCUGGCAGCGCCUGUGGUGCGCGGUCCGGCACGGAGCCCUGCGCAUGUUCCCCGAGCCCGGCGGUGCCCAGCGCCCCGUGUGCGCCCUGCGCCUGGACGGCUGCGAGGUGACCCCCGGGGCGGCCGCCGGCUCCCCCCAGAACCUCCGGAUCCGAAUCGCCCAGCGCGGCCGGGAGCUCGCCCUGCUGCAGGCCCGUUCAGAUGAGGAAAGGGAAGCGUGGCUGAAGACCCUGCAGGCCAGGGGAGCAGUGGAGCCAAAGAAGGGCGGCGGGCCCCCCCCGAGACCCCCCAGGCCGAGCACCCGCCCCGCUGCCGGGGGGCUGCUGCUGCGCCGGGUGCCCACCCCCAACGCCUACAUGGACGAUCCCUCCGGGCAGGGACCAGCUGAGACCCCCAAACAGCUCUACUCCAACGCGGAGCGGCUGCAGCAGCUGCAGCAGAGCCUGGACCGGGCAGCGCAGGGGCAGCGCCCGAGAGCCGCGUCUGCCGUGCCCAGCUGUGCCAGCAGCAACGCCCUGGGUGGUGCCCGGCCCGGGCAGGCAGCUCUCCGUGCCAGGCCUGCCAGUGCCCAGCUGCCCCAGGACAGCCCCAGCGUGCAGAGCCGGGAUCUGUGCCUGUCCCAGCACACCCUGACCCUGCCCCAGAGGAAGGGGACACGGGAAGGGCUCGAUGUCCUCAUCGGGCACAGAGCCUUUCCCAAGCUGGAGCAGCAGGUGCAGGGGCAGCUGGAGCGGGGCGUGCAGGGCAGGCUGAGAGCCGGCUCCGAGAUGAACCUGCUGAGCCUCGGGAGGUCCCUCAAGGGUCACAUCGCUGCCACCGCCAGCUCAGCUGGCUCCGAGGGAUCGUUCCUCAGGCCGCUGCUGAAGCGCACCACGUCAGCCAAGAGCGCCCUGAGGCUGCCGCCGUCCCCGGUUGUGGCGGGGAAGGGAAAUGUGAUGAGGAAGACAAAGGAAUGGGAGAUGAAAUCUGCGAUGUGAGCACCACAGAGUCUCCCAGAGAACAUCGGGCCGCGCGUGGAUCGUGCAGGACCAGCCUGGGAUCAGCCUGGAAUUCGAAUUUUACCCACCAGUAUCAACGCUACCACUACGCACAUCUAUUUUUAUAUCCAGAUAUAUCGAUGCACACAUAUCAGCUCCCCACCUGGGGCUCUCCUGCCUCUCCUUGCUGCAUCCCCACCUCCUUUUUGGGGUGCACAACUUCAGAAGCUGCUGGCUCUGUCCACACCCCGAAUUUCCAGGGAUGGGUGUGGAUAAACCCUGGGGGACCCAGAUUUAUUUGGGAGGGAUCCGAUUCCAUUCCCUGGAGCCAGUGGGACCCGGGCUGGGCCCUGGGUGCUUUUCCAACAGCUGUGCUUGUCAGGGCUUGGUUUGAAUUGGAGAAAUGGUAUAUUAUUUUUUUUUUUUUUUAGAGAAUUAAAAAAUAAAUGUUGUACAACUUGA